AUGAUCUUUGAUUCAUCAACAAUAGUCCUCAUACCACAGUGCAUCAGCAGAACUGCUCGAGUAUCCUUGACAUUUUGUAUAUCUCCCCUGUGACGAAAACUUGAUGAUUCUUAAACUUUUUUAUUUUUUAUUUAUUUUUUAAUAAUGCGUUAAUGAUUAACAGACUGCUGCGGUCAUUUUGUCGGAGCGGUAACUUAUUGUGCAUGAGAGUAUCUGUAGAGAGCUCAGCAGCCCACAUUCAACAAAGCACUGGGUUGGAACACACCAUGGAGAACAAACAAGUCUGCGAUGCGAGUAACACUCUCAACUAUUCUCAAGAUCCUUCUGGAGCUUCUAAUUUCCUCUACAACAAAACCACCCUGGCGAUGAGGAUCGUUGUCAUGCCACUCAUUCUCGCGAUAGGGCUGCUCGGUAAUCUCGCCUUCUUGUUCGUGGUGACGAGAGUUCGUUCCAUGCGAACUGUCACCAACAUGUAUCUGACCAACCUCGCUGUGGCUGAUAUCUCAUUUCUCCUUCUGAGCAUUGGGAACAGACUACUCCAAUACCUUUUAAGUCCGAUUCCUGGUGAUCAGGCGUACAUGGGGCUUCCUGGCUGCUCACUCGUGUACUUCCUGCAACAUGUCUCGAACUGGACGUCUAUCUUCAUCAUAACACUGGUCUCUAUGGAGAAGUAUUACGCAGUCUGUUAUCCACUCAAACACAUCUUACUGCACUCCUUCCCCCGUACAAAGAAACUUAUCAUCAGUGCCUGGUCUGUAGGUGUUGUCCUUUCGGCUGCAAUGAUACCUGCCCACUACAACAUGUACUAUUAUUGCAUCGUCUGGCCUGUUGAAAUUGGAACCUUUUCAGACUUUCCAGAUGUCAUUGGAGUAUGCGCUGGCAUUCCUGGAAACUUAUGGCUCGGUAACUUUUCAAACUUUUUUCAAACCAUACCGUUCGUCUGCACUUUUCUCUUCAACGGUUUUGCCUACACACAAAUCAUUCGGAGACUGAAACAACGAUCACGUGACGACUCGCUCUCCAAAGAGGUCAUGUCGAAGAACACCCGGGUACGGAACCAAGUCUCUAUAAUGCUUAUCGCAAAUGGGGUAGCCUUCUUUAUAUGCCUUGCACCGUUUCAACUGCUCUGUCUUUCAGUUGGUAUACUGGACCUCACCGGAGAAGUGGUAAACUUUGAGGUGUUCGUGCAUAUUGCGCAGAUUAUGUUAUACUUAAAUUCCACCUUAAACCCGUACAUCUACAACGCGACCAGUUCGGUCUACCGACAGGCGUUCCGAGAUGCAUUCACAGGUCGUAAGUCCGCCCGAAGGCGAUGGUAUCUCAAGACGAGACGACAUGGCAAUGGCACCCCGUCACAACCACGUCAUAACAAGGGAUUCUCAAUGCACAAAGUUACCUCAACAUCCCCGACGUGUAACACAAAAUGCGUUGAAUGUGCAACUGUAAGCAACUCCACCAGUCUGCAUCUUCAAUCCUAA